CCACGCCCACUCAUUACGCAAUUACGUACGAAGCGUCCACGCGCUCAACAAGGAAACUUCAGUGUCCUCCGCGCGCGCCCACUGACUCUCCACGGUCAAAGCGGUUUGGCUAGCUUUCACUGUUGGGUUUGCCGAGAUGGUUGUCCUUUCCAAAGAGUAUGGAUACGUGGUUCUGACAGGCUUCGCCAGCAUGAUCAUGGUGGGACACCUGGCUGUCAAAGUUGGCAAAGCUCGGAAGAAGUACAACGUCCCGUAUCCUAAGAUGUACAGCGAUGACCCAGAAACUGGGGUCAUCUUCAACUGCAUCCAGCGAGCUCAUCAGAACACCCUGGAGCUUUACCCCGCCUUUCUUUUCUGCCUUGCAGUGGGCGGCUUGCAUUGUCCUCGCCUUGUCAGUGGAUUAGGAAUGGUGUGGAUCGUAGGUAGAGAAGUGUAUGCGCAUGGCUACGCUACAGGAGACCCCAAGAAAAGGAUGAGGGGGGCGUUCGGGACCUGGGCUUUACUGGGAAUGAUGCUGACCACUCUCCGCUUCGGGACCCACAUGCUGGGCUACGACGGACCACGGUUCGGACCCUUCCGUCGGCUUCAGGCGUAAAACCGAGAAUGAAUGCACUAUUAUGCUCUAAUAGCACAAUCAUUUAAUCCUUUGAUGACACUUUUACUAUUGUAUGUCCUAUGAAUGUUUGAGCAGAGAGAUGUUUAAUUGAAGUCAGCUGAUUCGACCAGUUCCUAACAACAGAAAAAAAAAGGAACUGCCUGUUUAGAGAUCAGCAGGGGAUCCUUUGACUUCCUAAAUGCCUUUCUACACUCAAAGUGAUGCCUUUUCUUUAUAAUUCAUCAACCUGAACAACAAGAGUUUUGACAUUAUGCAUAGCUGAAAACAAGUAAAAUGUAACUUUUUAAAUAAAAAAAUCUCCAUGACUGCCUC